AUGUACAUUCCACACAAACGUCAAGAGGGUCAACGAAAUAAGGACAAGAUAUUUAUCAUUGCUGCGGUGUCCAUCCUAUUCGCGAUUGCGGUCGGUGUGAGCACCUACUACCUGUGUCGAUAUCUCCGCCAACGUCAAUACGAACCGAAAUACCUCCCGGGGAAGUACCUCAAGCAAAAAUGGAAACAGUGGUCGCCAGGGAAGUCCUCGUACGGCCAAGUCCCGAAUCAAACGUCAAAUCGCCCCGAUACUGCUUAUCGCGGAGCUGCUGCACCAGAAAUGCAAACCAAUGAAGGCGUCCACCGCGAAACCUCGAUCCGGUCUAUUAUGACCCUUCCCCCCUAUUCCUUCAGUCCGAAGCCGACCGAACGAGUCAUCGCCCGGGAAGGUGAACGCGGGGGGAUGGAUAUGGUUGUGGAAUACCCCGAGACUGCGGAAGAAGAGGAAACUCGCCGUGAGGAACAGAUGGACUCGCUGUAUCAAAUCCGCCUACAACGUCGUCAGGAACUAGCCGAUCGCGAGGCCCGCCGCCAAGAACGACGAGAAGCACGAGCGCGUGGUGAUACCGCUCGUCUCAACCUGCUGAAUGCUGAGACCCGCGCCCGGGAGCAACAUCGCCGUGCGGGAACCAAUAGCGCACUCAGUGUGACCACGGCCACGGCUCUCGCUGAGCAUCGCUCGCGAGAACGGGACCGUCGCAUCUCCAGUGUUACCUAUGCAGCAAUCGGCCAUGUUCGUCAUGACGGCUCGCGUCUUCGAGCCGACUCGCAUAAUUCCGACACGCAAGAUUCAGAUAGCCGACCGUUGUUACAAAGCGACGCUGUUAGUUCCACUGCGCCUUCCAUUAAUCCGUCCAGUGACUCUCGAAUCGAGUCUGUUGGUUCGUCCAUUAUGAGCGAGUCAACUGGAACGGAACUCGAUGUUUUAACUCUCGCUCCAACUACCACGCAUGGUUCAAGCCGACCAGCAUCACAAAGCGAUGAUGGAGAUUUGGGAACGCUGAACAUUCCCCCGCCCCCAGACUACGAUCAUCUGGACUGGGGUGAUGCUCCACCUUAUCAGAGUCCCGUUACCGAGCAAAAUCAAUUUGCCCGACAGCUACCUAGCAUCGAUCGCCUGCCUUCGAUACACGUCAAUUUGCCCAGUCCCGGCGCUGUUUCUCCCGUGACCCCGACUCAAUCAUCAUUCCAGAAUAGCAGCGAGGGACCUCCAACUCCGACAGGGUCGACCAUCGGGAUCAGGGUAGUAUCAGCAGCGUCGACAACUACCACCAACCACGCUCCAUGA